AUGUCGUCUUCUGAUGCAAAGGAUACUUACUCCGAGAAGCAUUCAGUAAAUGAAAAUAUCGCUGAAUUUCAAACUGAUUCAGAUGGUGAGAAAAAAAAUAUUCAAAAUCAAUCUUUUCAAGAUAUCGAUGAAAAUGAUGUUCCAAAAACUGCCAAGAGAGCAAUGGUUAUUAGAAAAACUGAAAUUAUGGCCGCACAAUACAACAAAUGGUAUCAUCAUCUUUUCCUGUUAUUCACAGCAUUUAUUUGUGGUUAUGGUUACGGGUUAGAUGGUAAUAUUAGAUACAUUUAUACUGGUUAUGCUACAUCAUCAUAUGCUGAGCAUUCCUUACUUUCAACUGUCACCGUUAUUAACGCAGUUGUUUCUGCUGUGUCACAAAUAUAUACGCCAGACUUCCAGAUUGUUUUUGGUAGAUUAUAUAUUAUUUUUCUGGUUGCCAUUGUACUAUACUCUGUAGGUACAAUUAUUCAAUCCCAAGCCUACGAUGUUCAAAGAUAUGCAGCAGGUGCAAUUUUUUAUAAUGCUGGUUAUUCUGGUGUCUUAUUUAUUCUGUUGAUUAUUUUGUCAGAUUUUUCAUCUUUGAAGUGGAGAUUAGCAUAUCAAUUUGCUCCUACUUGGCCAUUCAUUAUUAAUACUUGGAUUUCUGGUAAUAUUACUUCUGCAGCAAAUCCAAUUGAGAAUUGGUCAUGGGACAUUGGUAUGCGGGCAUUCAUCAUUCCAUUAUCAUGUCUUCCAUUUAUUGCAUGCAUGAUCCACAUGGAAUGGAAGGCCAGAAAAACUCCAGAAUGGAAAGAACUUCUGAAAGAAAAAACUUUCUAUGAAGAACAUAACGGUUUAUGGGGUACUCUAGUUGAAUUAUUUUGGAGAUUGGAUGUCGCUGGUCUUAUACUAAUGGGUAGUUCCUUAGGUUGCAUACUUGUUCCAUUGACAUUAGCUGGUGGUACAAGUAGUAAAUGGAAUCAUGGUAAUGUUAUUGGUCCUUUCAUAUUGGGUUUUGUUUUGAUUCCAUUUUUUGCUCUAUGGGAAAAAUUCUUUGCUAGAGACCCACUGUUACCUGCAAAAUUAGUGAAAGAUCGUGGUGUCUGGUCAGCAAUGGGUAUUUCAUUUUUGAUUGAUUUUAUCUAUUAUAUGGCAGCUGAUUAUCUAUAUACCGUUUUAAUUGUUGCUGUUGAUGAAAGUGUUAAAUCAGCUACCAGAAUUAGUAGUCUAUCCUCUUUCGUUUCAACUGUUGCUUCUCCAUUUUUUGCCCUUUAUUUAACUAGGUGUUCAAGAUUAAAACCUUGGAUUAUGUUAGGUUGCUCGUUAUGGAUGUUGGCAAUGGGUUUACUUUACUAUUUCAGAGGUGGCCGUGAAUCACAUUCAGGCAUCAUUGGUGCUCUAUGUGUCUGGGGUGUUGGUACUACUCUGUUUACAUAUCCAGUUACCGUUUCGGUUCAAGCUGCUGUUUCUCAUGAAAAUAUGGCAACUGUUACCGCUGCAAAUUAUACUUUAUACAGAAUAGGUUCUGCUAUUGGUGCAGCUGUUUCAGGAGCAAUCUGGACUCAGACCUUAUAUAAGCAAUUGUACAAACAUUUGCAAGACAUUGCACUAGCUACAGCAGCAUAUUCAUCACCAUAUACAUUUACCACUAAUUAUGCCUGGGGCACCCCCCCGGAAAGAGAAGCUGUUGUUCAAGCUUACAGAUAUGUCCAAAGAUUGGAAACUGUUGUUGCUCUAGUUUUCUGCGUUCCUUUGAUAGCCUUUUCAUUAUGUUUAAGGGAUGCACGUUUAACAGAUGAAGUUGCACAUGGAAAUAUCGCCGAAGGUGAAAUAAUAGUUAAAUCUGACAGCGAUCCAAUUUCUGAAUUUUUUGUUAAGAUAUUCAGAAGAAAACAUGUUGUAGCGGAUGAUGAAUAA